GCUCAGUCUCACGCUGCACGAUACACAUAACAUGGGACUCCACGUGCAGUGGAUGACUUGUUUAUAUAACAUGACAGACAGCCUCUGGACCAAUGAACUCUCGUUUUUGUAAAGUCGUCAUCUUCGCUAUGGAAACCCGAAGUUUUCAGCCAAUUGAGAAACGCUUAGAGCGGAGUCCGAAUCGAGGUCGCGCGCUGAGCUCGCCGAUUCGUUUAGUAGGCUCAUUCACUACUGUCACCGUCUCCCAUUGAGGAAUGUUGGAGCUUGUACUUACCGUUUUAUGCAUUGGUCGGUUUUGCUUUAACUCGACACCGAGGACAACUGAGAGGAGACGAUUCUCAGCAGCACAGACUCCUUCCCCACUCCUGAGGCUUCAGUUCCAUGCUUUAUGGCAUUGCCAUGUGGAAGGUAACUUAAUCUCCCAUCAUUUGCCUUUUGGUCCGCCCCAUGUCUGAGGGCAGUACUCCAAAGCGCUACCUGUACUCAACCCUGAAAGGGUGCGAAAGGAACCGGGAAAGGGUUGACUUCCAGAUGGAGGAAGAAGAAGGCUCUCCCUGCGGCGCCCAUAGCCAACUUCACUGCAUGGCCGACAGUUACAACAAGGGUUGUGGCGGACGGGAUGGAGUCGAACUGGAAGCGGAGUUGGGAUUGGCCUCUGAGGGGAGCGAUAGUUGCCAUGAGCACCCGGCCUCGUCUGGCUCCCCACAUGCCGACAGGAAGCGGUCACGCCCACCCUUACACGAGGAUGUAGAGAUGGGGGGCAGUGGCUCGAGUGGGAGCGGGACAGAAUCCCAUGGUAACGAGUCGCAUGGCAAUGAGUCCCAUGGCAAUGAAUCUGUGAGCAGCUCAAAUGUCAAUGGCAAGGAUUCUGCUUUCUUGGAGUCUUCAUUGAGCAACAAGAGCUCAAACUCUCACAGCCCCUCGCCACCAAGCAGCUCCAACGCCUUCAGUCUGGUGAGCUCCGAGCAGGACAACCCUUCAACCAGCGGCUGCAGCAGCGAACAGUCAGCCAAAGCUAAGACACAGAAGGAGCUCUUCAAGACCAUCAAGGAGCUGAAGAUGCACUUGCCGUCAGAAAAGAGGAGCAAGGGCAAGUCCAGCACCGUCAACACGCUCAAAUAUGCGCUGCGAUGUGUCAAACAGGUGAAAGCCAAUGAGGAAUACUACCAGUUGCUGAUGAUUAAUGACAGUCAACCGCCAGAGUUUGAUGUAUCAUCCUACACCAUCGAAGAAAUCAACAGCAUCACCUCUGAAUACACGCUCAAAAACACUGAUAUUUUUGCUGUUGCCGUCUCACUCAUCACGGGGAAAAUAGUUUACAUCUCGGACCAGGCGGCGUCCAUCUUGAACUGCAAGCAGGAAGUGUUUAACAAUGCCAAGUUUGUGGAGUUCCUGACGCCUCAGGACGUCAGCGUGUUCUACAGCUUCACUACACCCUACCGCCUGCCCUCAUGGAGGAUGUGCACCGAAGCAGACUUGUCUCCCACAGAGUGCAUGCAGGAGAAAUCCUUUUUUUGCCGCAUCAGUGGUGGCAAGGAGCGUGAAGGAGAUUUGCAGUACUAUCCUUUUCGUAUGACUCCAUACCGGAUGAAAGUCCAGGAUGCUGAGCUGACUGAGGAACAGUUCUGCUGCCUCCUGCUGGCCGAGAGGGUGCACUCUGGAUACGAAGCACCCAGAAUUCCUACUGACAAGCGUAUCUUCACCACCACACACACACCAAACUGUGUGUUCCAGGAUGUGGAUGAGAGGGCUGUUCCUCUGUUGGGUUACCUCCCUCAGGACCUGAUCGGGACUCCUGUGCUACUCAAUCUGCACCCAAUUGACCGACCCUUGCUGCUGGCUGUGCAUCGGAAAAUUCUGCAGUAUGCUGGAACGCCAUUCGAUUCCUCCUCAAUCCGUUUCCGUGCAAGAAAUGGCGAGUACAUCACCAUUGAUACCAGCUGGUCGAGCUUUGUCAACCCCUGGAGUCGCAAGGUCUCCUUUGUCAUUGGCAGGCACAAAGUCCGCGCGGGUCCUGUGAAUGAAGAUGUUUUUGCAGCACCAGUUUUCCACGGAGGGAAGAUCAUGGACUCAGACCUCCAGGAAAUUAGUGAACAGAUCCACAGGCUGCUACUCCAACCGGUCCACAACAUUGGCUCUAGCGGUUAUGGUAGCCACGGCAGCAAUGGUUCCCAUGAGCAACUGGUGAGCAUCAGCUCGUCGGGCGAGAGCAACGUCAACGUCGUGGAGGAGACCAACAAGACCAAGCCUUCCAGGACUUUCCAGGAGAUUUGUAAAGGGGUCCACAUGCUGAAGAACCAGGACUCCCAGGUCUGCCUGCGCUUCCCUCCCCCUUGGCCCUCACCGUCGCCAUCUAAGCCUGAGCAGAAGAAGACCUCUGAAACAAUAGUGGCAGCUCAUAAGAGUCCAGCGGUGCGUUUGAGAGACUCAGCGCCCCCUCUGCAGGUCAAAGACAGUACUGCAGUCAGCAUGGAGGACUUCACCUGCAAAGACCAGACUGUCUGCUCCUACCAGCAGAUCAGCUGCCUUGACAGUGUCAUCAGGUACCUGGAUAGUUGUAACAUCCCCAUCACAGUGAAGAGGAAGUACCAGUUCUCCAACUCCGAUGAUGAGAAGAAGGGCUCAGAGGAUGGCAUGCAAGCGCCUCAGGACACAAACCCAGACCCUUUGAUGCUAGAUGCCCAGCCAGGCCUGUCAAACAUGAAAGCACCUAAGAAGCCUUCAUCUGGGGCAGUGGCUGUGGUGGGAGGCUCCCUGGCACCCCUCACCCUACCAAGCAAGGCUGAGAGCGUGGUGUCAAUCACCUCACAGUGCAGCUACAGCAGCACCAUUGUCCACGUGGGAGACAAGAAGCCUCAGCCAGAGUCUGAGAUUAUUGAGGAUGUCGUCGAAAGUCCUGUGCCCCUGGUUCAGCCUGUCAGCGUGGUGUCUCCCCCCAGCCAGGAGAAGGAGGCCUACAAACGGCUGGGACUGACCAAACAGGUUCUGGCUGCACACACCCAGAAAGAAGAGCAGGCCUUCCUCAAUCGCUGCCGAGAGCUCUGCAACGCCAGGACCUUCCAGAAGGACUGUUUAACAUAUCUCCACAAGCAGAGAGGUCCAGUCAGUGCUGAAGAAUCAUCUGGUCUUCGAAGUUCUGCCAAACAAGGCACCACCAGGCCUGAGACUACUGCCAGGAAGGGCAACCGCAACAGGAAAACCAAGAAGCCACGGAUGAAGCAUCCUGAUUCGUCAGACAGCGCCGUAUCAAACCGCAAACCCCGGCCUCCUCUUCAGGGUCUCAACCAAACCUCGUGGUCCCCAUCAGAAAAAUCACAGUCAGCUUUUAAUGUCUCCUACCCAACCAUGGGGCCUGCUUAUCCGCUCUACCCCACAGCCCCAGCUCAAGCCCCCCACCCUGACUGCUCCCUCUCCACAGGCUUUGGAGAGGGACAGAGCACUCAAGCCCCACCUACUGCCUCUUCAUUUGGUGCAACCAUUGUUACACCUGUGGUAGCUCUGGUGCUACCCAAUUACCUCUUCCCCCAAAUAGGACAAUUAGGUCCCAUUGGGCAGCUGGGGGCUGCUCCUAGACCAGCGUUUUUCCCUGAGCAGACACAGACGCAACCUGCAUACACUUCUCAGCAGCUCUUUCAGCCACCACAGCCAGGCUACUCCAUGCAAACACAACCCCCCUACACCAGCCAACAGCCGUUCCCUGUGCAAACUGCCUUUACCCCCCAGCAGCCAUUCCAAUCCGCUCACACCCCCUUCACUACCCCCCAGCCUUUCCAGGCUGCUCAGACUGCCUAUACUACCCCGCAGCCUUGCCAAACCGUACAAACCCCCUACACUACCACAAAGCCUUUCCAGGCUGCUCAGACUGCCUACACUACCCAGCAGCCCUUUGCUGCCCAGCCUUCUUUUCCAGUGCAGACUCAGUUUGUGGCCCAAACCCCGUAUCCUGCUCAGGCCUUCCCUAUGGCCAUGGAACCCCAAGAAGGGGCGGGAUCACGUUCUGCCACCCCAGCCUCUGGAGCAAGAGAGCCUGUCACGUCCCCGCGACUGUUUGAGUCACGGUGCAGCUCGCCCCUGCAGCUCAAUUUGCUGAGCACGGAAGAGGGACAGCGCUCAGUGGAACGGCAGGACAGCGCUGCGCCCCUUGCUGGUUGCCACGGCUACAGUACAGUAGCUGCACCGGGGGCAGCUGGAGCAGCAGGGGAGAAGAACGAAAAGCCCCAACAGGUGGAGUCUCCAGAAGAUCGGACUCACAGUGACAGUAACUCCUCAUCCUGCGACUUGCUGGACGUCCUGCUUCAGGAGGACUCACACUCUGGGACUGGAUCAGCCACCUCCUGGCCACCCUGCUCCAUGGCCUCAGGAUCGGGCUCAGGCUGCAAUGGCUGUGAUACAUCAGCUAGUGGAGCUUCUGGCAGCAGAACAGGGAGCAGCAACACCAGCAAAUACUUUGGCAGUAUUGACUCUCUGGAACACAAACCAAAGGCCAAAGCCAAGACGAGCAGUAAAGGAGACUCUGAAGGCGGCCAGCAGACGAAGAUCUCCAUCCAAGGCGAGGGAGAGCUUUUUAUCAAAAAUGUUCUCCAGGAGCCCCUCUGGCUGCUGAUGGCAAAUACUGAUGACAAGGUCAUGAUGACAUAUCAAAUGCCAUCCAGGGACAUUCAGAGGGUUUUGCGAGAAGACAAGGAGAGGCUGAGGCAGAUGCAAAAGAGCCAGCCUCACUUCUCCUCAGACCAGCGACGAGAGCUAGUGGAGGAACACCCCUGGAUGAGGAGGGGAGGUCUACCUGCUGCUAUCAAUGUAAAGGAGUGUGUGUAUUGCGAGGACGCCACGGCGGCCCCAUUCGAGGAGGACCUGUCACACAUGGAAAUGGGCGAGCUGGGCCAGGAGCUGGGCCAGGAGCUGGGCCAGGAGCUGGGCCAAGAGGUCCAGAACGCCCUAAGCCAAUCAGAGGAGUCUCAGCCUCAAGCAGACACUGGCUGCUGAACAUGCACGCUGCCAGCGGGGGGGGGACACUCGACCAGCCUUGGACAUUUGUGAUGCGCACACACACACAUUGUAAAUGUGAGACAAAAAGCUAUGUGCCUGACCGCCUUUACAAACACAUCUUUAAAAUUUAAAAUGAGGAUGUGUGCCGCUCUUGUGUUGUCCAGAGGACUGCAGCUGAAGUGCAGUUCUUGAGCUGCCCAUACAGGGGGCGGUAUUGCUUCAUUUGGGUCUUUGUAUACAUGACCCUCAUGUAGUUCUUUUGCCAGCACACACACACACACACACACACACACACACACACACACACACACACACACACACACACACACACACACUCUUUCUCUCUCUCUCUCUCUCCCUCCUUCUCUGAAAGAACCUGGGCACAGCCUGUGUAGAUAUUUAUUUAUUUUAUUGCUUCCCAUCCUUCUUGUCAAAGGCAGAGCUUUACAGCAACAUAAGCAGUUAUUAUUCUAAAAAAUGUCAUCUUAUAAAUAUAUUUGAUUUUAAUUUGCAUUUUAUUUUGACAGUAUAACUGUCUUAAAAUCAUUUAAAUAAUUUUUAAUGUUAUUAACAAGCGGAUGUUAAAAUACUCUGCUGCCAGUUCAAAUGUUGUGUUGCCACAUGGUCUUAUUUAACCUCCUUUUUUUCCCAUUUUUGACAAUGUGGAAUAGUUCAGUCAGGACCACUUUGUCAAAAUAGAUUUCUUCAUCUGCAAUUUGUAUUUGGCGCUAUUGCUCUGUCCUGGGGCCUCCUCACACUUCCAUGUGCACACUUGGAAAGCGGGGAGUAUGAUCCUCAUAGGGUACAGAACAGAGCAGCAUCAGUGACAGACACGGCAUUGAAUAAGUCAGACAACAUAAAUUUAAAAGGAGGAGUUGGGGUGGAGGUGGGUUGCAAGCACUAGCAGAGAUGCAGCAAGGUAGGCUGGGAAAAGUGCACCAAUUGGAAAUCUAAUCAAAAGAGGAAAUCAGCUGAGCCAUCAGCUGGUGUUCUGGCUUUGGAACAGUCAGCUGUGAGCAGAGAUAAUAGCCGAGCUUGACUCCGUGACCUGGCAGAACUUACGCUAUGCUUCAUUUAUGGUGCACAUUGGAUGAUGUUGGCUGGGUCAAAAGGAAGGGACCCCCACCUCUGUAUAAUGGGCGUGUUUUUAUAAAAACGCUCAUUAAAUUUAGUAUUUGCAAUAUCCAUUCACAGAGCAUUGUGCACCUGACUCAACAGGCAGCAGAAUGACACGCAGGCUGAUAAUAACUUUCCUAAACCGUGACAAUGUUAUACAUCGCACAAUCCAUUCAUUUUUUCAAAAAAACGGCUAUGAAAAUAGUAGACGUAGCCUAAUUUUUUUUUUUAUAAAAAAAGGCCAUAAUUUUACGAAAUGAACAUCAUGCUGUAUUGAAGAUGACUUGGAACGACCGAUUGAGGCCAUAAACGUGUUAGGAAAAUGUUUACAGAGAUAAUAAAUAAAGUGAAAAGUAGGGUAAUUUCCCUAUAGACUAAUACACAAAUGGACUUCUUUUUGGAGCCAUUGGUGUUGCCCCCUGCUGGACAUGAGGUAGAAUGCAGGUCUUAGGCACUUCUUUAUCGUCUUCACUUUUCAGGCACGGAAGUUGCUGAUCACCAUAAACUGCAGGAUAUUAUAGUUCAAGCUGACAACUAUAAACUGGAGUUAGCUAGUCCUUUUCACAGAAAAAUUCAAAAGUGAUGUAGGCCUCUGCAGAACCUUAAAACAGCACAGGUGCUGUGAAGAAACAGGCGUCAUCACAGAUUUAGAAGCUGCUGAAAUACGUUUUGUUACAUGAAACAAUCAACAGCAGAAGUUGAUCCAUUAAAAAGCAGAGGUCGAGAGUAUGGUGGUUUCCUCUUGUAUAGAGGCUGCAAAUCAAGGUCAAAGCUGAAGAGUUUUUAUUGUAUUCCCACUAGGAAGGUCCUUGGGAGUAGCGUUUCCCUUUCACCUCUAUUUUCUAUUUAUAAAUGAUAUAUUUGGUUAUUGAAACAAAAGUGUAUCUAUGUAUAAUGUCUAUGUAAAAAAAUGUCACGAAUGUGUUUGGUGCAGCUUUACAAGAAAUUGUAAUUUUUUUUUUAGUACAAAUCAGAGGAGAUUUUUGUAUUAUGCAAAGUGACAUUGUCUCUACUUGCCUCUUUUUUAGAGACAUAACCUCCGCGUAUUUUCUCACACAUUUACUGAACUGGUUUCCCACACUGAGAAACAUUUUUACAAUAGUUCAAGCACUACCAAAAAUGAUUUUAAAUCUUAAGUCUCAGUGCAGGUGUGUGUGUGCUGCAGUAGAGAUCCUUGACCAAAUUAUAAGCUGAUGAUCAACACGCUGUGUACUUAAAGUCAGCCCUUAAAUAUAGAAGUACGGGAAAAUAAGCAAAUAAGGGGACCAUGUUGCCUAAGUAACCUUCUAUAGAAACCUGGGUUACACAGGAAAUGGCAACAUGCCCUCAUGUCGUCAUACCAUGAAGUAUUAAGGAAGGCAUUGAUCCACAGUGGCUUCAUGUAGUCGAGAUAAACAGUAGGAGAACUGGGAACAACUCUGGUGCUACAGCAGGUUGAGACAAGGCUUAGGAAUGUAAAACAAACUGGACCAAGAACAUCUCACUGACUGAGUUUGUUUUCAGGAUUUUCUCUUUAAUUUCUUGUUCUCUUUUCAGGAUUUUUUUCUAUUUUUCUAUUCCUUCCUCUCUCGUGUGUUUUGUCUUGUUUGGCGAGGGUAGGAGUUUUUGAGUGUCGUUUGAGACGGACCCUACCUCUAAUAAAACCCAGGUCAAGUUACUGUAAGCAGAACAUAGCAUGUGAAUGCAUGUGGGCAAAGCACAAUGAACAAUGUGGCCAAUGUGAACAAUGUGGUCAGAUACUAUGGAAUGGGCUUUUUCAGAGAGUCUCUGCCUUUUAGUUUGUGGACUCUUCUGUCCGCUUUCUGUAUCUAUGAAUGAAUACACUGAGAGGACCUGCGUCUGUCACCACCUUCAAUGUCUAUCUCUUUUCAAAAUAGAUUGAGGGGGGCUGACAACGCCCACCUGUGUAUAAACCCUUAAGGAAGCAAGACUGAAUGCUGAGAGGAAGCCAGAGAAUAUUUAAGCCUUCAUUCUCAAAAGGCCUUGCAUGAAGGGAAUCCAUUUUUAAAUGAAUUACAGACUGGUGGGCUGUUGUAAACAGCCUUAUCUGUAAAUGCAUACACACGCUACUGGCGCAUGAUGUGUAUGAUCAUACAUUUGUGUCUUUGCCACUGUAUGUGGUAUAUUAACUAGGACAGUUCUGUGCAUUUUUUGUAGGUAAGAUGAUGUGUUGUUUGAGAAACAAUGUUGUAAUAAAACAAUGGAAAUA